AUGGGAUUAAGAGUUGGUUGUCAGGAAGCAGAUUUGAAAGAAAUAAAGGAAUUUGGAGAAUGGAUUUUAAAGCUUGGUGAUGGUCUGCUUGGUGAAGAAAACGAUGGUGAGAUUGAUAUUGAAAUACCAGAUGAUUUACUUAUUCAUGACCGAGUCAAUCCUAUUUCUUCUCUCAUUUCAUAUAUAUAUAUAUAUCCGGACAUGAAUAAGUAUUUGUGGGAUUUAACGUAUUUCCAACAAAGAGCGAUUCUUGCUCCAACUAAUGAAGUAGUGGAUUCAAUAAAUAAAGAGUUGUUAGAGAGUCUGCCUGGUGAAGAAAAGGUUUAUUUUAGUUCAGAUAGUUUAUGCCAAUCGGAGGAAGAAUCAGAGCUUAAUAUGGCGUUGUUUCCUCCUGAUGUGUUAAAAAAUCUUCGUUUAUCUGGUUUACCUAAUCAUAAAUUAGUACUGAAAGUUGGUGCUCCGGUGAUGUUACUCAGAAACAUUGAUUAG